AUGACUUCGCAAGCGGUCAUCUUCGAGAAGAUCACUCAGAUCUCUGGUAAUCUGGCACCACACACGUACUACCGUCUGCUGAAUUCAAAUUUCACGAGUAUCGAUUCUUUCACGUUCAUUGAUGGGACACUGAUCCUGUUCCAGUUCACAACCAGUCUGGACCACUCAGUCAAAGUACAAGGAUUACAAGGUGUCGCGAAGAUAUUGAACCAGAGUUUUAAAUACCAACUCUACAAGCCACCCUCCUCCCGCGAAACAUGGGAGAAAAGAGUGGAGCAAUAUGUGAUGAGACUGAGCGCUGAGCAGUUGUUUCCGACUGCUGAUAUGCAACAGGCAGUGGACUAG